AUGUAUCCAUCCAGGGAGGUAGUGGGCGAUGUGACGAUGGCCCAGUCCAUCAAGUGUGUGGACAUGCACACCACGGGGGAGCCUACGAGAAUCGUCUACUCUGGCUUUCCAAACCUGACCGGAACACUCCUCGAAAAACGUCGAGAGGCAUCUGAGAAACAUGAUCAUAUCCGGAGACGGCUACUAUGGGAGCCCCGGGGACAUUGGGACAUGUACGGCGCCGUCCUGAUUCCAGAGACCGAGCACGUUGCCAGCGGGAACGCCGACAUGGGCGUGUUAUUCAUGCACAACGACGGCUUCUCCAUGAUGUGUGGUCACGCAACUAUUGCCCUCGGUCGCUUUUUGGUCGACGCCGAAGAACCCGUAUUCCCCGGGAGGAAGCGUCUGAGGCUGAACAGGGACAAUUCGAUGGUGCAAUUGAAUCUGCAUGUGCCGAGCGGCAUCCUCGAGAUCACUGUUCCGAUACUACCCAGUGGGAAAUCCGACGUGUCUCGGUCUGUGUCGUUCCUUUCGGUGCCUUCAUUUGCAACGGGAAUGUCAGUCCCGAUCCCGCUUCCAGAGGCUUAUCGAUGGCCAGAACUGGGAAACCGUACCUCGGUCACGGUUGACUUCAGCUAUGGUGGUGCAUUCUAUUGUCUGAUCGAUGUCGAGGAGUUGGGAUUUCCGGACAGACUCGUCAAGCCCGACUUGGGAAGAACGAGCCAUGCUACCAAGCUGCUCAAGGCGGCAAUCAAUGCAAAUCCCAGCCUCACAGAGUUUGCGAAACACCCAGAUGUCGACCAAGCAGGUUAUUUGUAUUCCGUCAUGAUAGUCGAUGCAGAACAAAAGCAUCCUACACGCAUCGCCGACGGCAGUUUUGUCGGCGAGGAGACUGGUCUUUGUUUCUUUGCAAAUCAGCAGAUCGAUCGAUCCCCAACAGGCGGCUGUGUUGCGGCUCGAAUUGCUCUCGCUUAUGCGAAGGGAGAUUUGGCACUGGGCCAAAGAUGGCUGUACCACUCUAUACUGUCCAAAUCACACGCUGGUAUUGGCGGGUUUGCAGGAUCGGUCGCCGAAGUCCUCCCACGCGCGGCAAAAACGGUCUCGCCAUUGGGGAACAGCCCGCAGGUCAGGGUUCGUGUCGAGGGCCAAGCCUUCUACACGGGAAUGUACACAGUCGUGGUGGAGGAGGCGGAUGUUUUAGGGAAAAGCGGCUUCGUGUUGAAUCCGAUGGAAGGAUCCAGGAAUGGAGGCUGA